CUCUUCAUCUUAAUUGAGACUAUGUGGCUUACAGUUUUUAUCUGUUGUAGAUAGGAGAUUUCUGUUAUCUCGGCUAGAUGGACCAGUAUGAAAAGGUUGAGAAGAUUGGUGAAGGGACAUAUGGUGUGGUGUACAAGGCUCGUGAUCGACUGACAAAUGAAACCAUUGCUUUGAAGAAAAUCAGGCUAGAGCAGGAAGACGAGGGAGUACCCAGCACGGCUAUUAGAGAGAUCUCUCUCUUGAAAGAGAUGAAACAUGGGAAUAUUGUGAGGUUGCACGAUGUGGUGCAUAAUGAUAAGCGUUUAUAUCUGGUAUUUGAAUAUCUGGACUUGGACCUGAAGAAACACAUGGAUUCUUGCCCAGAUUUCUCAAAGGAUCCCCGUGUGGUUAAAGUAUUCAAAUCUCUUUUCUCUCAGAUGUUCCUUUAUCAAAUUCUUCGUGGCAUAUCCUUUUGCCAUUCUCACCGUGUCCUCCACCGGGACUUGAAGCCUCAAAACUUGCUGAUCGAUCGAAGUACAAAUGCAUUGAAGCUUGCAGAUUUUGGACUGGCUCGAGCAUUUGGCAUCCCUGUCAGGACAUUUACUCACGAGGUUGUGACAUUAUGGUACAGGGCUCCAGAAAUACUACUUGGAUCACGCCACUAUUCGACUCCUGUGGACGUAUGGUCAGUUGGUUGUAUAUUUGCUGAGAUGGUUAACCAACGACCUUUAUUUCCUGGCGACUCUGAGAUAGAUCAACUCUUCAAAAUUUUUAGAAUCAUGGGCACUCCAAAUGAAGACAGCUGGCCCGGGGUGACAUCUCUACCUGACUUCAAAUCAGCAUUUCCAAAAUGGACACCUAAGGAGCUGGCAAGUGUUGUUCCAAAUCUUGAUGCAGCUGGCCUCGACCUCCUUAGCUUGUGCCUCGAGCUGGCUUUGGUAGAGCCUUUUAAAGAAAAUUACAUAUCUCAUUUCCUUUUUGACGCUAGAUCUCGGAUUGUCGGUGUUGUCCUUGCUUUCCACUUACCCGUCAGGAUUUCAGAAUCUAUCUCCACUACCAAAUUAGCUACUCUACCCAAUCUUCUAUUGGGCCACUCAUCCAUUUCUCUAACUGGGCCUAUCCCCAGGCCCAAACGCAUCUCCCUCCCUGUAGCCCAUACAAAACCCCAGCCCACUCCUACAUAA